CAGGAGCUGUUGGCCAGAUGGUGCUGGAUGCUGACAGGGGAAAGCUGAUUCGGAGACAAGUGGCCAGAAAUGUUUGGACACAUCGUCGCUUUGGAUCUGGCAUCUGAGUGAGUAUCCUUGCUUCAUGGGGCUUCGAAUUUGAGUCCAGGCUGGUAACCUGCUUUCAGAGCCACGGAGGUGGGAGGAUGUCGAGCGCAGCUCCAUCAAAGAAGCCUUACCGCAAGGCACCCCCGCAGCAUCGCGAGAUCCGCCAUGAGGUACCCAUCAUUCGUGACGACCAGGAUGGAGUGAUCUUGGCUGAGCAGAGUCAGGAACCCUUGACGGAUGCAGAAAGAAUGAAGCUACUGCAGCAUGAGAAUGAGGAGCUGCGCCGACGGCUGACAUACGUGACUAACAAAAUGGAGGCGAUGGAGAGGGAGUUGGAGUCAGGGCAAGACUACCUGGAGAUGGAGCUGGGCCAGAACCGUGAGGAGCUGGAGAAAUUCAAGGACAAAUUCCGUAGGUUGCAGAACAGCUACACUGCUUCCCAGAGAACCAACCAAGACCUGGAGGAGAAGUUGCAUGCCCUGAUUAAAAAGGCAGAGAUGGACCGCAAGACGCUGGACUGGGAGAUCGUAGAGCUCACUAACAAAUUGCUUGAUGCCAAAACCACCAUCAAUAAGCUGGAGGAACUCAAUGAACGCUAUCGGCAGGACUGUAACCUGGCAGUACAGCUGCUCAAGUGUAACAAGUCCCACUUCAGGAACCACAAGUUUGCUGACCUUCCCUAUGAGCUGCAGGACAUGGUUAAUAAGCAUUUGCACAGCACUCAAGAGUCCUCAGGCCCCGGUCAAGAAGCAACCCACACCUUGGCUCCGUCUGACGUUGUGCCCACCUCAGUCAUUGCCAGGGUCUUGGAGAAACCGGAAUCUCUGGUUCUGAAUUCAGCCAAGUCUAGCAGUGGCAGCUGUCCCAUGGCUGAGGACGUCUUUGUGCACGUGGACAUGAGUGGAGCCCCUCCUGAUGCCUGCAACAGCACAGGGCAGAUGGGGAAGGAGGGAGGAGAUGCGGGGAAACAGCAGAAUGGUGGCUGCAAGCCACAGAGCAGCGUGGAAAGUGUGCCAGAGGAGGUGCCCGCCUUUGAGAAGCUAAGCCCAUAUCCUACACCCUCACCUCCCCAUCCUAUGUACCCUGGGCGCAAAGUGAUCGAGUUCUCUGAGGACAAGGUAAGGAUCCCAAAAAACAGCCCUCUGCCCAACUGUACGUAUGCUACACGCCAGGCCAUCUCCCUCAGCCUGGUACAGAGCGAAGAUGAGAGCUGCGACAGGCACCGGACGCUCCCCAACAGCCCCGCUUCAGAGGGGCGCCGUUCAGCCUCUAGCUGUUCCUGUCAGCAGUCCCCCAAAGCAGCCAGGGCUCACGGCUCUUCCCAGAGCAGCCCGUUCAGCAGCCCUCCCCAAAUCCCGAGCGCCUUCGCCAGCUCGGCCAGCUCUGAGGAGGACCUGUUGGCCAACUGGCAGCGUAUGUUUGUGGACAAGGCACCCCCCACCUCGGAGCGGGUGCUGAUGAACCGCACGGCCUUCAGCCAUGACACGGCCCCUGAGCUCCAGAAGAGAUUCAGCCGCUCCAUGCAGGAGCUGGGUAGGGCAGCCUCGGCUUACUCGGAUGGUGAGGAGUCUGCGCAGAGCUGCAGCUGGACCGUGAGCCGGGACUCGAGCGUGGACACAGACAGCACUGAGUCCAGAGCCCGCAGGAGCCAUUUCUCCUCAGACUAUGGUACAGAUUUCUCCCAGGAUGAAGCCCAGAAGCUGUUGCAGGGAAGUGGUGGAGGCACUGCUGAGCCUGGAAGCCCCUCACCAGAGAAGCACAAGGACUAUGUGGAUCUUGGCUUGCCUGAGAGUCCAGCUGAUGAGAGAGAGAGGUUGCUCCAGGGAAGCAAGGAGAACGCCCAAGGAGGUGCCCAAGAGGAAAGUGGAGAAGGCAGGGUGAAGCCUCCCUUGAGUCGGCCACACCGCAGCCCCAAGAGGAUGGGGGUUCACCACUUGCAUCGCAAGGACAGCCUGACACAAGCCCAGGAGCAGGGUAACCUUCUCAGCUGA